CCGGCUCCUGGGGCUCCCGGGAAGCCGCGAGUUUCCGCAGGGGGGCGGCGGCAGCAGCUGCGGCCCGGCUGGUCUGCCGUCAGUGCUCAGAGUCAACCCUGCUGACAGUGCAAGUGAUGCCUUUUCUCCACUGGCACAAAAUGAGUGUGAGGUGGUUAGCCAGACCAGGAGCUCAACCUCACGGCGAGUCCAGCCUGCUGCUCUGAUGCCGAGGGGGAGGCAAAAAGUGCCACACUCGGAUGCCCCCCUGGGCCUGCCCAUCUGCCUCUGGCUGGAGUUCUUACUGGUUCCCUGGGUCAUGGGCUUGGCAGGGACUGGUGGGCCUGGGGACCAAGGGCCAGGGGGGCUAAGCUGGGCUGUACAUCUGGACAGCCCAGAAAGCGAGGGGCAGGAAGAGACUCUGGAGCAGCAAGCAGAUGCCUUGGCCCAGGCAGUAGGGCUGGUGAACUCCGGACGCAUUGGGGAGCUCCAGGGACACUACCUCUUCAUCCAGCCUGCUGGGCAUAGGAAGGACCAGCAGGUGGAGGCCAUCCGGAAGCAGGCAGAGGCUGUGUUUACCCGGCACGAAGCUGUGCGCUGGCACUCGGAGCAGAGGCUGCUGAAGCGGACCAAGCGCAGCCUCCACUUUAACGACCCUAAGUACCCGCAACAGUGGCACCUGAAUAACAGACGGAGUCCUGGCAGGGACAUCAACGUGACAGGUGUAUGGGAGCGCAAUGUUACUGGACGAGGUGUGACUGUGGUGGUGGUGGAUGACGGUGUGGAGCACACCAUCCAGGACAUCGCCCCCAACUAUUGCCCUGAGGGCAGCUAUGACCUCAACUCGAAUGACCCGGACCCUAUGCCCCACCCGGACGUGGAGAAUGGCAAUCACCACGGGACACGCUGCGCGGGAGAGAUCGCUGCUGUGCCCAACAACAGCUUCUGUGCUGUGGGAGUGGCGUUCGGGAGCCGCAUCGCAGGUAUCCGGGUGCUGGACGGACCCCUCACCGACAGCAUGGAGGCUGUGGCCUUCAAUAAGCACUAUCAGAUCAAUGACAUCUACAGCUGCAGCUGGGGACCAGAUGAUGAUGGAAAGACAGUGGAUGGCCCCCAUCAGCUUGGAAAGGCUGCCUUGCAACAUGGGGUAAUCGCCGGCCGCCAGGGCUUUGGAAGCAUCUUCGUGGUCGCCAGUGGCAACGGAGGCCAGCACAACGACAACUGCAACUAUGACGGCUACGCCAACUCCAUCUACACCGUCACCAUAGGUGCUGUGGAUGAGGAGGGGCGGAUGCCUUUCUAUGCAGAGGAGUGCGCCUCCAUGCUGGCGGUCACCUUCAGUGGGGGGGACAAGAUGCUCCGGAGCAUUGUGACCACUGACUGGGACCUUCAGAAGGGCACAGGCUGCACUGAGGGCCACACGGGGACCUCAGCAGCUGCCCCCCUGGCGGCUGGCAUGAUAGCCCUCAUGCUGCAGGUGCGGCCCUGCCUCACAUGGCGUGACGUCCAGAACAUCAUUGUCUUCACGGCCACCCAGUAUGAGGAUCGCCGCGCAGACUGGGUCACCAACGAGGCCGGCUUCAGCCACAGCCACCAGCAUGGAUUCGGCCUGCUCAACGCUUGGAGACUCGUGAAUGCCGCCAAGGUCUGGACAUCUGUCCCUUACUUGGCUUCCUAUGUCAGCCCUGUGUUAAAAGAGAACAAGGCUAUUCCGCUGUCCCCCCGUUCCCUGGAGGUCCUGUGGAAUGUCAGCAGGACGGACCUGGAGAUGUCGGGGCUGAAGACCCUGGAACAUGUGGCAGUGACGGUUUCCAUCACCCAUCCACGGCGCGGCAGCUUGGAAUUGAAGCUCUUCUGCCCCAGUGGCAUGAUGUCCCUUAUCGGCGCCCCCCGCAGCAUGGACUCGGAUCCCAGCGGUUUCCAUGACUGGACCUUCUCCACCGUGCGAUGCUGGGGGGAGAGAGCGAAAGGCACUUAUAGACUCGUGAUCAGGGAUGUAGGGGAUGAGACGAGCCAGGCUGGCAUCCUCCAGCAAUGGCAGCUGAAGCUCUAUGGCUCUGUGUGGAGUCCCGUGGACAUCCGAGACAGACAAAGGCUGUUGGAAAGUGCCAUGAGCGGAAAGUACCUGCAUGAUGGCUUCACCCUGCCUUGCCCUCCUGGGCUGAAGAUCCCAGAAGAAGAUGGUUACACCAUCACCCCUAACACCCUUAAGACCCUGGUGCUAGUAGGCUGUUUUACCAUCUUCUGGACGGUUUACUACAUGCUGGAAGUGUACCUGAGCCAGAGGAGUGUGGCCUCCCUCUCAGUUUGUAGGAGUGGAUCCUGCCACUGGUCCCAACGAAGCCGGAAAGCCAGGGAAGAAGGCACAGAACUGGAAUCAGUGCCACUCUGUGACAGCAAGGAUCCAGAUGGAGUGGAGACAGAGAGUGAGAGCCCCUGCCCCACCACCAGUCUCCUUGCCCCAGAUCUGCUGGGUCGUGGGGACUGGAGCCUGUCCCAGAGUAGAAGUGCCCUGAACUGCCCUCGCCAGCAGCUGGCCCCAGACCUGUUGCAGGGGAAGGAGGAACAGAUUUGCUGACCUAGGGCCUGAGAAACUGGUAAUGGACAGGCCAUUCCUUCCCCAAACCGGGGAAGCUUGGGAAGCUGCUCUGAACUCCCAGAAGCUCUGGGGAGAAGUCAGUCCUGAGGCUUACAUCUGGAAUCCAGAGGCUAACGAGCACCCUCUGACUACACUCAGGGAGGGUGUGGACCCUCUUCAGACAUGAGUUGCAGAGGAAGGAGGCCAUUGUCAGAAGACAGUAUGCCGGCAGCCACAGGAUCUUCCCCCCACCAGCAGUUCUUGGUGGGAAGACCUCAGACAGGAGUUUGGCCAUCCUCUGGAUGUGGAAGUGCCAUCUCCGUUUCUCCUGGGCAGGCCAGUGGUGUGGGUCAUAGGGCCUUCACCCAGGCUUGGAGAGAAGGCCCCUGACAUAGCCAGAGGAGCAUCUCAGCAGGGCAUUACAUUGCUAGGUCACUUGCCAAGAGGGCUUACAGGCGGAGGCAGAGAAGAGCCCCGCAUGUGCUUCUCUUAAUGACCCAGAAUCAGCAGACUUCCUCUCACCUACCUGCCUGUGCCUUGGACCUGGGACAUACUGGUCUGGCACUCAGCCCACGGCCUAGCACAUAUGCCCUGAAGGCAGCUGCCUCUGUCGUCCCUGAUCAGAAGCCAGCCUUGAACACAGCCCUGACUCCUUCACCAUCACCCCCACCCUUCAUCCUGACGGAUCGGUACGAUGCUCCUGGCAAAGGCGAUGGGCUGGCUCCCCGGGACCUGUGCUACUUCAUUAGGGGAGUCUGCGGCAGGUGUCAGCUGCUGCCACCCCAGCCCUGAGACCACCCUGUCUUCCUCAGCAAAGUGCUCAGGGAAAUGGCCUCGCCCACUGGAGCCAGCUGUCUGCCUGAAGGGCUGUGAUGCCUUCUCCCACUUGGGGCCUCCUCCCGCUGCUGAGCUACUUGGUUGAUUUGGUUGUUUUUUAAUGCUUAAGAUUUGGUUUUCACAGCAACAUUUUGUUGAAUUUUUUCUGCACAGCUUUUCCAAAAUAAAACCUUCCACACAAUCCGGUUUCCUUUUCUCUGCUUCC